AAAAAAAAAAAAAACAAAGAUGGGAAACGAAUUUUCUCAACAUCAUGAAAAUAUGACAAAUGUGACAAGCGCACAAAAUCAACAUACAAGUUGUGCACCUUUGGUAUCUUUAUAUGAACCAUCGAGUAUAAAUAAUAAUAAAUUAAACAAAAAACAAGAACCUUCUUCCAAUUUAUCCUCCAAUAAUGAGAAUACGGAUAAUAUUUGUUACAUAUGUUCGGAUCAAAUGGAAAUUUAUUCAAUAUCUAAAUGUAAUCAUCGAACUUGUCAUUUAUGUUCUCUUCGAACAAGAAUUUUACUUGACUCCGAUACUUGUGCAUAUUGUAGAACUCAACAAAAUGAAGUUUUAUUAACACGAGAUUCAAAAAAAUCAUUCGAAGAAUUAAAAUCGUCAUCAAUUAAUUGGAUAACAAUCUCUAAAAUUAAUGUUUUAUGUGAGGAUGCUUCUAUUUUUCAUACUGCGACUCAAUUGAUGGAAUUUCAAUGUCCAUCAAAAAAUUGUAAAGUUAUGUGUAAAGACUGGCAUGAUUUAUCAUGUCACGUGCGAAUUGCUCAUAAUAAAUUAUUUUGUACCAUGUGUAUAGUAAAUCGAAAAAUAUUUAUAUCGGAACAUCAAUUAUACACACGAGAGGAACUUGUAAACCAUUAUAAUGGAAAUAAUACAGCAGAUCCAUAUUUUCAAGGUCAUCCUUCUUGCUCAGAGUGUAGUAAUAUUCAUUUUUAUGAUUCAUCGGAAUUAUAUGAUCAUUAUUUAAUUCAUCACAAAUUCGUUCCUAACGCAAAUUUAUUAAGACCAUCUGAUCAUUCUUCACAUUCAACAUCAUCAUCAACGAGUUCACAAGAACAUUUAAUAGAAGCAAGUGAUAUUGAUAUACCAUUAUUAAUAAUGUGUAUUAUAUCAGGAUUACUUAGUAUCAUUGGAAAUAUUAUUGGAAAUAUAACGGGGUCAGGAUGUCAUGAUUUUGAAAGAUUCUUUCAUUCUCUUGAAGAUCUUUUUGUUACUUUAAUGAAUUAUGAUGAUGUUAAUAAUAACGAUCAAAGUUUUGAAAUAAUACUAAGAAAUAUGGCAAGUUCAUUAUACAAGGUCGGAGGAAGGUGUUUAAUGUUAUUUAUGUACUUGAUGAUAAUAUUUUGGGUUUUAAAAGGGUGGUUUUUUUUCAUGAGUUGGGCAAUUUAUGUGAUAUGUGUAAUAACUUUUGGAAAAAUUUGUUGGGAAAAUUUAACUAAAUCUUUCACUUCUAGGGAUUAGAUCUUGGGAUUUAAAUCUUGAGAUUAGGUUUGGGAUUUAAAGUUUGGGAUUUAAGUUUGGGAUUUAGGUUUGGGAUUUAAGUUUGGGAUUAGGUUUGGGAUUAAAAGUUUGGGAUUUGGGUUAAGACGUCAAGGAAAAAUAAUUUUUUUUAAUUUACUUAUUUUAAUUUAUUUAAUUUGUUUAUAUUUUAUUUAUAUAUAUAUAUAUAUAUAUAUAUUUCUUUUUUGUUGUGUAUAACUGUAUAACUACCGUAUUGUAUAUUUUCAUUAUCAUUAUCAUUUAUUUCUUCAUUUGUUUAUUAUUAGAAUCAGAUUACUUUUUCUUUAGGGUUGGAGUAAUGGAGGCAAAAAAAAAAAAAGUAUUUAUUUAUUAUUAUUUAUUAUU